CACGAAUACUUCAUUCUACCGCAAUUCGUCCUAAGGUGAACAUCCUUGCCUAAUCUAACCAGUGCGAGUGACAUUGAAGUGAAAGCCAACAUUUGCUUUACUUUACUCUCAAUAGCUUCCGAAGAGACAUUGAUUGACGACUUAUAUUUUGAACAAGAAAAUAUUUGUGAAAAUAAAAGAGCGGCUACAGGACUUCAGUGAUUAUUUACAUAUCGAUCCGCGAGUUUCCGCGAACAUCGUACUUUCGGUCCGCGGCCGGCAUCCUCCAAAAACGUUAAGACUCAGGAGUAACCGUCUCCGCCACCGAGAUGGCGUUCAUGAUGCCUGUAGUGAAGAACGACUGGGACAUUUACAACUCGCAGCGGUCCCGGCGGGAGUCUUCGGAGAAGUCAGGGCCGGGGGUCGGUCGGGUGCGAAAAGUGUCCGAGUCAAGGUCGGAAGGCCCCGGUUUGUCGACAGCGGGGCACCGCGGCCCGCUGAGCCCUCACCGCAGCGCCCCGGCGAUGCGCUCGCUGUCCUACUGCCGCGCGCCACCGUCGCGAGCAUCUCUUCGCGCCGCAGACAGCCCCAAGGGCUCGGCUAGCCCCCAACGGUCGCGAGAACCAGAGAAAUUCCACAGCAGGGCGCGAGCGGAGUCCCCCGAGAGGCGCCACUCGCGCUGCGCCGCCUGCAUGCCCUACCUGUGACCGCCGGCGGCGCCACACCAUCUGUGAUAUGUACCCGAUAGUCCACGAGAGCGCCGCGAGCGAAUGCUGACCGGCCCUCGAAGGUCGGAAUAACCCUACACUCGGUUCGCUUUAACUGUUGCAUGUCUGCGAAUCACGGUUGUCAGUAUUAGGUUGUACGAUGAAUGGUCUAAGACUGUUAUUGUAAGGCGAGACGGGCCAUUCAGCUAUGUGUAUUCAAUAUUCGGCUGUAGCGCCCGAGUCUGGCAGGUUUGCGAAUGGUAUCUGUGAUUUGUUAUUUGUACCUAAUUAAAUGGUGUUAUUUAUUUUAGAUGAUCAUUAACUUCACAACCGCAUAUGUGAAUGUCGGCGUUAGUUUUAAUAACACGAGCAUCUGUAAGUUGGAACAUUUUAUGAAAGUGUUCAGAGUAGAGAAUAUUAUAGAGUCAUAGUGAGAACUGUCGAUAUUGAUAUUUAAGACAGAGUAUCAGUUAUUGCUAGAAUAGGUCCGAACAAUUGCUGAUUUUCAUUUUAAUAAGAAUUUUGCAUGUUUCUACUUACGAUAUAAAUGCUGUUUGACUGUAUAAAUGGACCAGCUUUAUUAUAUAGUAUUAAUAUAAUGUUAGUUAUAAAAGAUACAGUAAAACUGAACCAAAAUUUACUAAGUCUAGGAUGAUAGAGGGGGCUAAAUUGGGCCAUAUCUCUGCGAGAUUGCUGUGGGUACAAUUAGGUGCACUGAUGCAGAUUUUUUUUGCAUCUCUAGUUCCUUUUUAAUUUUAAGCGAUCUGUUUUGCCAUUCCGAAGUUUAACAACAAACGCCAACAAUUUGUCAAUAAACGAAAAUACGUAACAAUUAUUGUUUAUAUUUCCGAAUGGAAAGCAGGAUAAGUUUAAUCUGCCAUGGUACUAAAAAUAUGUUUAGAUUUAUAAUGGAUCGGGUAUUGCAGAAAGGGUCUUAAUGAUGACGCAAAACAAUUUGCUAAAAUUAGCUUCUUUAUUUUAUAAACCUAGUUUACCUAGGGAUUACAAACGAACUUAUUUAUUUAUUUAAAUAAUAAUUAAUGAACACUGAAAGAAAGGAGUGGUAUACACUUUAGGUAAUCGUUGGCUUAAGUAGAGCUUUCAUUUUGAGUAUGAGCACCUUUUCUGCAAUAUGUGAUUAUUAAUUUAUUCCGACCUACAAAUCGAUGUUACAUGUUCAAUGUAUAGAUAAUCAUAUCAUUUUGCAUGUACUGCAUUAUUUGAUCUGAAUUUAUGUACUAAAUAAAUACGAAGCUUAUUAUGAAA